AUGGCUAACGAUGUUAAAAAGACACUGAUUGAGCGCAUUAAGAACAGUAGAUAUUUUGCCAUACAGCUUGAUGAGACUACAGAUGUUGCAGAUUUGGCCAAUUUAUUGGUUUAUGUGAGAUAUGAAUAUGACGGUGUGGCGCAGGAGGACUUUUUGUUCUGUAAAUCACUGGAGACCAGAACUACAUCAGAGCAAAUAUUCCAGUUACUGAACAAGUUCAUCCAGGAGCAUGGCUUGGAUUGGACGUUGCAGGACUGUGUUCACAAAGGCAUGCACACCCAUCAUAUUAAGCUCAAAAGCAGUCACUGGAGUUAAGAAACAGCAAGAACUGCAGCUAUGCAUAGCCUGUUUUGAUUUUUUUCAAGUACAUCAAG